AUGAGGCUCUUGCAGGUCGCUGUGCUGGCGCUGGGGCUCGCUUCUUCCUGCUCAUUCGCCCACGAGGCGCCUGACAGGGAUUCCCCGGACCGAAAAAGGGACCAGUCUGUGGAUGACUACUAUGCUACCUCAUGGACCGAAACUGUUACUCGUGGAGCAUCUGUUGUGGUAAUUGUUCACCCGCAUGCCCAGACUCGCCCGCACGAGGAAGAAGAAGACGACGACGACGGUAUGGCUAGGGCGUCCACUGGGCCGCCACAACAGCCUUACUCUGGUUCUACUGUUUCUAUGGCUACCGUGACUUCUGCGGGAUCGAUUCAUGCUCCUGCAGGAUCAGCCUCAUCCUCGCCUGCCCCCACCCCCAAACAGACUGCAGGUUCGCCUCCUCUGCCUUCCACGCCUUCUGCAGCGUCCUGUUCGAGUUCACAGACCACUGCUACUGCUAGUCCUACUUCUAGUCCUACUUCUACUGCUAGUUCGCCAUUGGGGUGGCCUGCAGAGCCUUCCCCAAUAGAAACAUUCCCUGCAACUCCCUAUUUUCCAACCGGUUAUCCAAAAGGACCUCUCGACUCUUCGCAGAAUCAAGAAUGUAUCGGCGGUACCUAUGAUCGUUGCGUCGCCAGUUAUAAUUGCAGGAAGGAGACAUAUGAUCCAGUAAACGAAUGUCACUGCAGGAACAAUGUUAAGGAGGGUUGUUGGUAUACCUGUGGAGGGUUCCAGGCACCUCAACCGGAAGAUUGUCCAUUAGUUCCUGCUGAAAGUAGACCGCCUGGUUUACCAGGGCCGGGGGUAGAGCAGAGUACCGUGAGGCGUCCGGACGCCGCGGAUCGGCUGUACGACUACUCGCUUCUGAAGAAUCCGAGGAUUGGAUCUGGGGGUUCAAGUAGAGGGUUUUUUGGCACGCCCUGGGGCGUUAGCUAA